AUGACGACUUUGACACGCCGUGGUUUGCAUCGUAGGAGUGGCCCGAGCGGUCGUGAAGGAGGCCUGUACCCGGUCGCGAACCCCAACCAGCGCUACCUGACGAGCGACUUGACGUUGCUGGGCUACAAGAUCCCGGCGCGCACGAGCUCGCGACCCCAUGUGUUUGACGACCCGACUGAGUGCUGGACCAAGAAGAGCCACCGCCAAGCCGCAGCGCAUUCGACGCUGCCGUUCAGGAUGGGCGCGCGGAGCUGCGUCGGGCGGCGCUUGGCAGAGACUGAGAUGUACUUGCUCCUCUCACACCUCUUGCGGACGAUGGAAGUGCGCUGGAUCCUAACAGAGGUCCACCCGAAGGCGGUCAUUCACAUGCUCAUGACGCCAGAGAAGGAGCUCACCCUUCGCUUUCAGCCGUGGUAA